CAAAUAGGAAAUAGUACUGCAGUUGUUUGAAUUGUACUUACGUAACUUUAUCAUGGAGUACUCGGUAUACCUUUCUGUCUUUGCAGCAUUUGUCAUAUUGUUUGAGGGAAAUAGCUGUAAUGUUGAAGCUGUGCUCACCAAUGUCAAAACUUCCUCAAAUUUAACUACUGAUAGAGUGGGUGAUUUGAAAGAAAUUUUGAUCAAUCAGGAUUUGACUCAGAAGAUACAACUCGUGCAAAAUGUCAUGCAAGUUAUGAAUGAUGUUCAGAUAUUAAAGAAUGAUGUUAAAAGUCUGGAAAUGGAAAAUUCCCAUCUCAAGGCAGAAAUUGAAAACAAAACACGCAUCGGACAAGUGAUGACAGAUGUUCAAACAUUAGAAAAUGAUGUGCAACGUCUCAAGAAUGAAUAUUCCUUUACCAAAAAAGAAUUUGGAAAUCACUUGAUCAACACAAAAAAUGAAAGUUGCACACGAACACUGGAAUGCCUGAAUCAGAAACCACACGUUGCGUUUUAUGCGUACUAUUCUGGCAAUUUUAAAGCUCUACCGACUGGAACGACAUUAAUCUUUGAUUCAGUUGAGACAAACCUUGGCCGUGGCUACAAUAGAGGAACCGGGGUAUUCACUGCCCCGACUUCAGGCGUCUAUGCCUUCACUUGGACCUUGCACGCAGCGGGAUUACACGUCGCUGGGUCAUCUGGGCGCAAUUAUGGUGAAAUGAAUGCGUCGAUAAAACAAAAUGGAGUCACAAAAGGUGCGAUUGUUGCUGAUACUGAAAAAAAGUACGAUCAAGCUGCUAGUACCGGGUUUGUUGUUUUAAGUCUCAGUGCUGGAGACGAAAUAAAAAUUGUGUCUGAUAAGUUUCACGGCCAAGGAUCCAUGUACAGCAACGAUAAAACUGGUCGAACAUCAUUUUCAGGAUUUCAGAUCACAUAAUUUUUCUCUAUUAUUUUCAUUACGUUAAGUAUUAAACACUGUGGAUAUUGAUAACUCAAUUUGAUUGAAGCAUUUAACCACUUUUCAUUUCUUUGAUUAAACAAAUCAAAUAAU